AGAGAAGUUAUUGUAAAUCCUUUUGUUAUCUUUUUACAAAAUUCUCAUUUUUUAUAGUUACUACUUCAGUUGUAAUUGUGUGCCCAUACUCACAACUUCCUAACAAUUAAUUCUCAAGAGAGGGGUUUGGAACAAAAGUUUGGUCAUUGUGACUUGUACAUCAUAGGUUUUGAUGAUGCACAAAAGUGUUUAUUGAAAAUCAAUCAAGUAUGUAAUGGAGUAUGCUUAGCACAAUCAAACACGGAUUAAAUGGUUUAGUCUGAAUGACCUACUCUACAAGGAAUGACUACGAUGUCUGGAGAGUUUUAUUACUCAAGGUAUAUAGAAUGUUGAGAGAUGAGGGAUGCCCCUUAUGUGUAGGUGGGGUUUACAAUUUAUAGACAAGUAAUGUUUUAUAACGGCUCUGAGUGAGCCCUGAAUGAGGCGUCAUUCUCGUAACGGGGGACGGAGUGGUUCUAUGAGGCCGGUGUCAUUCCCGUAACAAACGAGGUUAUUCCGUGAAGUUGGCGAUAUACACUUUGAUGACUAUGUUCCAUAGAUUUCCUUUUCUAAAAUAGAGAUCUCCAUGUACGCUGGGUAAUAGACUUGGUCUUUUAGGAGAGUAGGCUUGACCCAAUUGAAAUUAUGACUGAAUCUUUGUUAAUCUGUAUCUGUGAUUUAAGUAUAGUUUAGAUCGGGCCCAUUAGGAUUGAAUUGUGAAAACAACUUGAAUAGAAACCUGGGUCACUAGACUAUUUUUUUUUUCAAAUUAGGAUUAAUUUUGUUUUUACCAUCAAAGUUUACAAUAAUUCCCUAUUUGGUCCAAGUUUACAAUAUUCUCACUUUGAUCCUCAAAUUUCUUUUACAAAUUUUAUAAACGAACCAAGGAAAAUUUUCAAUUCAAUCCGACUAAAAACAUAGGAAAACAUAAUUAUGUGUGGUGUAAUAUACACAUGCUCUUUUGUUUUAUAGUGAUUUGUAUUUCUGUCAAGUUUUUGACGAAAGUUAUAUAUUAGAUAGAAAUAAAAUUGUUAGAAAGUUGAAGGGGAAAUUGAGAAAAAAAAUUAAACGAUCAAAGUGGAAAUCAUGUGAAACAUUGAGGAAAAUGUACUCAAAAACCCUAAUUUUGAUCAAAUUAGAUCCCAACAAAAAACAAGAAAAUUGAAAAAACCGUUUUUCCCAAACAAACGAAUCGGUUUGACCAACCGGACUGGACCCGGCUUAGAGAAACACUCCUAGUAUGCAUCAAGACCUCUCGUUUAUGCACGGUCUAAAAUCUCAAUGCUCUCCAACACCAGAACCAGGCAUGGCGCCCUUUAUCUCUGUUCAAAUCUGUGCAAAGUCUUUAUUGCUUCAUUUUCUGGAAACCCUAUUUCCACUACUCACAAAUUAACCUUCCAAACCCCUAAACCCAUUACCCAAGAACCCACUCAAAUUACCAAAAACCUCAGCUUUGUCCCCACUGUCUCAUCAACUGAAGUCUCAAGAAUUCCAGAUUCUGUAAGUGCUUCUGUUGCGAAUUCAAUCUGUUCUAUACUUUCUAAUCCUGGUCCUGAAAAAAGCAACCUUGAUACUUUACUGAAUGACUUCAAAGACAGGCUUAGUUCUGGACUUGUUCUGCAAAUUUUGAUGAAUUAUAAACAGUUGGGUAGGAUCAAGACAUUAGAGUUCUUUUCUUGGGCUGGACUGCAAAUGGGUUUUCAGUUUGAUGACUCUGUGAUUGAAUACAUGACCGAUUUCUUGGGUAGAAGGAAGCUUUUUGAUGACUUGAAAUGUCUUCUGAUUGCAAUUUCAUCGAAUAAUUAUCAAGUUUCGUGUAGGGCAUUUGCAAUUUGUGUUAGAUUUUUAGGUAGGCAAGGGAGGGUUCAGGAAGCCCUUUGCUUGUUUGAAGAAAUGGAAUCAAAGUUCAGAUGUAAACCCAAUAAUCUUGUGUACAAUAAUAUCUUGUAUGUGCUUUGUAAGAAGGAACCUUCUGGGGAUUUUGUUGAUGCUGCUAUUACAAUUUUUCGAAGGAUUGAGUCACCGGACACAUAUUCAUAUAGUAAUAUUCUUGUUGGUUUGUGUAAGUUUGAUCGAUUGGAGACUGCGCUUGAACUUUUUCAAGAAAUGGGUCGAGCUGGCUUGGCGCCAACACGGUCUGCCAUUAAUGUUCUUAUUCGGGAGUUGUGUUCAUUAAGUUCAAAAGAGGGAGCUAUUGGGGAAGUUAGAGUGAAUCAUCCCCGUAGGCCCUUUACCAUUUUGGUUCCUAAUGUUAGCGCAAAGAGUGGAGCUAUAGAGCCCGCAGCUGGAGUGUUUUGGAAAGCUCAUGAAUUAGGUUUAUUACCAAGUGCAUUUGUUAUUAAUAGGCUCAUAUCGGAGCUUUGUAGGAUUGGGAGGAUGGAAGAAGCUAUUGGUAUUUUGAAUGUUGUGGAAGAGAGGAACCUGAGAUGUUUGGAAGAUAAUUACACAUUUGUGAUAAAGGCUUUAUGUGACCAUCGUCGGGUAGAUGAAGUUAGCCAAAUAUUUGGAAGGAUGCUUUCGCAGGGCUUCAAGUCAAAGUUAGUGGUUUACAAUUCCAUAAUAUGUAUGCUUUGCAAGUUGGGUAGAUUGGAUGAUGCUGACACCGUUUUUAAAAUUAUGAAUAAGAAUAGAUGCCUUCCAGAUGUUGUGACCUAUACUGCAUUAAUACAUGCUUAUGGUGAAGUACGGAACUGGGAAGCUGCUUAUAGCUUAAUAAUUGAAAUGUUGGGAUUGGGCUUGUAUCCACAUUUUCACACCUAUAGUUUAGUGGAUAGACUAUUGAGGGUACAUAAGCAGAUGGAUUUGUCUAUGAAAUUGAAAGGAAAAAUGGAAUUGCAGAUCUUGCUGAAGCAUUGCAAAGAAGGCCAAUUAGAGAAGGCUUAUGAAAUUCUGAGAUCAAUGCUUGAAAAGGGAGUGCAUCUUCCAAUCUACAUAAGGGAUGCUUUUGAACGUGCAUUUCAGAAGUCUGGCAAGUUGAAAAUAGCUCAUAAAUUGCUAGAGGGGAACAGGGAUGUUAUCUGCAAACCCAAGGUGGCAGAAAUUAGUAGUUCUGAGCAAAUAUGACCAACCAACAAGGGUAUUUCUUUCGCACCAGAUAAUUUAGAACAUUGUUUCGGUGAGAACAUGUCAGAGGAGUGCUAAUAUAUAUUGACACAUCUACAUUAAUUUGUUUGUGUGAUACUGGAUAAGACAGAUUGUUUGCAUAUAUUGCUACUCAAGUUUACGAUAUCACUUCUUGCUGCUAUAUAGUAUACCUGAAAAAAAAAAUUAACAGAGCCCUUUAUUGAAGUAGCCUGGUUAAGUUCUUCGGAAUUCUGUACAUUAGGCAAUCCUUGGAAGAGAGACAAAAGGACUUGUUAUACCAGAGUCCAUUGCAGCAUCUUAUAAGAGGGACUCACCACAAUAAUGUUUAGGUAUUUGGAUGGAAUGGGGUGGCAUUAGACAAUCUAUGGGUCUGUAUUUGAUGAAAUCCUCAGUUUUUUUUUUUUUUAAAACAAUGAAAUGUGUUGGCCAUUUCCUCAGUUGAACCUCAGUUGAAGCGUCUAAUUUUUGUAGAUGUGUUGAUAAAUGUGUGAGCCAUUUCCUUUUUCUUUUUGGUUGAUAAUAAUACUUAAGCACCCAUGUUCCAAUUAGGAACGUAAUCCUGCAUAGGGGUUGCAGGAGAUGUAACUCAACUGGUAAUGGAUAAUCAUGCUUUCUUUCUCGUCAUAUUUGUUGGCGUGAUCAUUUAUGUUGGUCUUGAGGAGGUGCAACAAGUCUCUCUAUGUCUUGAUGGAGUGUUUAACUGGGCCGACCCGUGGGCACUUGUUGCUGAGCUAGUUAAAUGAAGUUGUGCAUUUACUAACAAUUUAAGCUUUUGGUGUAACACUAAGCACUUCAAUCCAACAAUUGGUAGCAGAGCAAGGUCACCAGUUCAAGUUCCAAGAUAGCUGCUGGGGGGAAAGAUCAUUGGCCUAGAGGAGGUGCAACAAGUUUCCCUGUGGAGAGUUUAACCAGCCCGACCUGUCAGCACUUGUUGCUGAGCUAUAUAAAAGAAAGAAGUUGCGCCUUUACUAGCAGCUUAAAAUUUUGGUGCAACGCUAAACAUUUUACUGAAUGAAAUAAGGCUUUUUGGUGGGGGUAAAACUCAAGAUCAACAUCCAAGUCAAUAAGACAAAUAGAUCCAAGGUAGAAACAUUGAAGUUGUUGAGUUGUCAUGCUUCAAUAUUUGCAAGAGCAUUUCAGGAGCUCAAUGUGAUUGGGACGUUAAGACACUUUGAUCUUUCUUUUUAGCUUUGUCUUUCUUCUUUUUGAUCUUUUACUUUUUUUGGUAAAGGCCACUUUGACCUUGCUAACAACAUUGCCAUGAACAUGGAUUUUUGACCCUGUGAGGAAUUAUAUUUCUUCUCAGCUCUGUAUAAAAGCUCAUUGGCAACAUGUUGAACAUAAUCCUGUAAUAGGUGCUUAUCUAUUUUGCGGUCCCCUAAUCUCU